AUGUAUGCACACAGCUCUAAAGAAUCCCAGAAAGUUAUUGGAAGAGUGGAAAGAGCAGGAUUCCGCUCUAGCUCACAAGGCCAGGUCAACCCAACAGUGGCUUCAAAAGAACAUUCCAGAGUUCAUCUCUGCCUCGGAUUGGCCCUCAGGAAGGAUCUCAACCCACUAGAUUAUCGGCUUUGGUCAGAACUGGAGAAUAUAGCAUGCCAUGCCACAGAACAUAACCUAAAUUGGAAGCCUCAAGCAAUUUCUGGUCCCAGCAGUUGA